AUGGCGCCCAACGCCGCCACAGCUGCUGUAACUGGAGAUGCCCAAGCUACGAACGCAGACGGUUCCAAGGGUUCCGCGUGGGCGAGACUUCACGGCAGGAUCAAUGAAGUGGCCGACAACUUCUUCUAUCGCCUGGGGUACUGGGUGGCCACGCACCCGAAACGGACCCUUCUCAUCAGCCUUGUCUUUGUGAUCGCCUGCUGCUUCGGGUUCGCCAACUUCAGGAUCGAGGCCGAUGGGGAGGACCUCUGGGUGCCAGCAGACUCCUUGGCCAAGGAUCAGCAGGACAUCAUCAUUCAAGAUUUCGAUGACGACGGUGAGUACGCCGCCUUUCUGGUGGAGAGCCCGUCUGGCAGCGUGCUGACAAAGGAAUCGGUCGAUGCGAUCUGGGAGCUGGAUGCCAUCGUCAUGGCCGUCGAGGCUGGUGGCAACACAUACGUCGACGUGUGCCCAAAAGAACUGGACGGUGUGACGUGCGAACCGCCGUUCCGUGGGAUCACUCGCUUCUGGGGAGAUUUCGACACGUACGAGGCCUCCGUAACAAGCGAUGCGGAUAUUCUUGCCGCCGUGAACGUGGCCACCUUCCCGGACGGAUCGACGGUUAACCAGCUGGCCCUCUUCGGCAACGGGAUCACCUACGACGCUGAUGGCAACAUCUCCGGAGCAAGUGCGACCAUGCAGGCGUAUGCGCUCGGGUCUGACCCUGAUGAGGACACCGACCUCAACGAUGACGUUUUCGACUGGAACGGGGCGUUUCAGGACGCCAUGGAGGAAGUCACGGACGAUUUCGAUGUUGUCGACGUAUACUACCUCACCAGCCGGUCUACCGACGAUGCCCUCGAGGAGUCCGUGACCGGCGAAAUCUUUCUCUUCAUCACCACCUACGUUCUGAUGGUCGCGUUCGUGUCGGUUGCGAUCGGCCGGUGCUGCACCGGACCCGUCAAGCAACGAAGCUGGUUGGGGAUUGGCGGCGUCAUGCUCGUCAUCGCCGCAGGCAUGGCGGCCUACGGGCUCAACAGCGGCUUCGACAUCCCCUUCACGUCGCUUUCGCAGAUCCUCCCGUUCAUCCUCGUCGGUAUCGGCGUGGACGACAUGUUUGUCAUCGUCGCGGCGUAUGACCACACCGACCCCUCGCUUGCCGUGGAGGAAAGGGUCGCCCUUGGAGUCAAGCGCUGCGGGGUGUCGGUCACCUACACGUCGUUGACGAACUUCUUCGCCUUCCUGCUGGGCAGCUUGACGUCCCUUCCUGCGGUGGAGUACUUCUGCCUCUACGCCGCCACUGCCAUCUUGUUUGACUUCUUCCUCCAGAUGACAGCUUUCGUGGCGCUUCUGACCAUGGACGCCAACCGCCAAAAGGCCGGCAAGAUCGACUGGUGCUGCUGCUUCACCAGCAAGAAGUACCUCCAGGAGCAAGAGCGGCAGCACCAGGACGGUAUCCAAAGAGGAGUCACGCUGCCUGCCAGCAACGGCGAGGGCGCCAACAUCGGCCAAAGGGAUCUCAACCUCAAGGCUGAGGUGCACCAGCUAUCGCCGAUCGGCAGGUUCAUGAAGGACAAGUACUCCCCUUCCCUUCUGUCCGCGAAGGGGAAGAUCGUGGUGCUACUCGGCUCGGCAGCGCUUCUGGCCGCCGGCAUCUAUGGUGUCACGCAGGCGACGCAAGGCUUCGACGUCCUCGAUCUUGCUCCAGACGGCCACUACUCAAUAGCAUACACGGACCGGGCGAGGUUGUACGACUUCGAUAUCCAAGAAUGGUACCUCCCGAUGAACGUCUACACCCAAGACGUUGACUAUCCCGACGUUACGGUUCAGGCGGAAAUGCAGUCCGUCGAUGCGGAAAUGAUCGAGACUAAGAACGUCGACGGACCGCUGGAUUCGUGGCUCGCCUCCUUCAUCGUGUGGGCAGAGGCCAACACCACCUACAGUGCAAACGUGGGUACGUCUGGGGGCUACCCGGUGUACGACGAUCGGGAUACCUUCUACACCGCUCUCUCCGCCUUCCUGGCUGACGAGGAUAACGCCAGAUUCGUGCCAGACGUGGUCUUCGACGACGAGGGACUCAUCAAGAUAAGUCGAUCGGAUAUGUACCUGGUCAACCUCGUCGACACGGAGAACAACGUGGACGCCCUCAGGGAUACGAGAGAAGUCGCCGACCAAUCAACGCUCGACCCUCAGCCGUUCGCAUACUCCGGGGUGUUCGUCUUUUCGGAGCAGUUCGUGGUGAUCUACAACGAGCUGCUGUCGAGCUUCGGCCUCGCCUUGUUGGCGGUGCUCGCCCUGAGCCUUUUCGUGCUGGGCAAGGUCACCAUCGUCCUCCUCGUCUGUCUAACGUUGGUAGUGAUCGACGUGGAACUGCUGGGCUUCGUCUACCACUGGAAUUUGGACGUGAACAGCAUCACUGUGAUUGAGCUGAUCAUGGCCGUCGGGUUGGUGGUGGACUACAUGGUCCAUAUCGUGCACUACUUCCUCCACCAGGACCCCAGGAUCCCGAAGGACGCGCGAAUCGCCGAAGCACUGGGCGAGAUCGGGCCCUCCGUUAUGGUGGGAGCGGCGACAACAUUCUUGGGAAUCAUGCCCCUGGCGUUCGCUAACAACGUGAUUUUCCGCGUGUUCUUCAAGAUGUUCCUCGUCAUUAUUUCUUUCGGGUUUUUCCACGGUGUGGUAUUCAUUCCGGUCAUGCUGUCGAUAUUGCCCGACCGCCUGGUUUCCAACUCCGCGCACGGAGAGGGUACGGCAUCUAUCACAAGACACGACGGAAGCAAGAAGGAGGCGUCGGCGGUGGUGGUGGAUGGAGCGACGUCCGCUUGAAACCGCCGGCACCCGGAGCACGCUACCGUGGGCACGAAGCCCUAACCGCGUGUGCUCGAGCCGAAGCCGAGGGUAUUCGUUUUGCGAAUCGUAUUUUUCCCUGUAACCUGAAACGGGGGGACAAGCGGAAGAAGCGCGGAAACGCUGCUCUACCGCACGGCACGUGUUUCGACAUUCCUGAAGCGCGAGAGGCCUGCGUUGUUCCCCUGCCGUUGGAUGGAGUAUGUGCGGUGAACGCGUGGAUGCAUACAUGUGAUCUGAUGCAACCCCUCGUUUUUGGGAAAACCUCCCGCACUUGCUUUCGCGUGUCGGCCACCACCACGCAACAAACGGUGGUGGUGUAGUCUAGCCGCGUUUUGAGAAGCACCAUGUACGCUGGCCACGCGUAGGGCAGCGAGUUUGGUGGGUCGUUUGUGUUUCUACUGGUUUGCUGUUAUGGUCGUCCACAUGUGUGUUUCGAAUCGAGUGUUGGUGAGUGCACCUCUGGUACAGGGCGGUGAAGAUCCUCUGCCGUCCGUGCUGUGAGUUUGCUGUAGUAUUGUUUUUUACUUUUGGCUUGACUUUGGGCUGUGUUAUUAUCGCAACUCAUCUUUAAGGGGCAAUCGUUUUACCCUUUAUAUACUACAUUCUUUGAUGAUGGUUUGCUUGUGAUAGGAGGAGAUGCGGGGUUUUGUGACGGCGUGGUGUUGUUGAAGGUAUUGUUCUAAAUUUCCGUGCGUUCGUGCCGUGUGCUUGUUGUCUGUGGCCUUUCACGUCUCUCCGAGGAGGAGAAUCAACAUGUUCAAAGGAAGUAGCUUUUGUCGCAGCGCGCGCUAGGCACGCGCGGUUCCAGUGUCUUUUGAGGAAUGACGGUAUCGCUUCCGCGCGCAAAGGGGUGUGCAAUGAGAGUUGCGUGGUACGCUGCUAGUGGCUCCUGUUAAUCGCGUCGCACGUGGCACUUAGGGCCAUUUAAAAUAUGGCUUUUGAGUAUUUUCGAAAUUGUCUACUUCCAAACGAUUUCCAAGUCAUCGAAGAUUUGCAAGACGUUUUGACAUCGCCUCGAAACUUUUAAACACCCAAACUUCGGAAAAGCGGCUCUGACUCGGAAGGGGUCGGUGACCAACCCAACGUUUUUCAGGUUGCCCUGUUGCCGUGCCCGUCGGGGAGCGUUUUGGUGGGACGUUCACGCUGCGCAACCUAACCACUGUCAUGCAAGGCAACAUCCCAUUUUGGCAGCACAACGUCGAUGAACCUAGAACCUGGCUGCUGCACGGAGGUUGACUUAGGCAACACAACCCGGUAAGUACAACCUUUUAGGCGGUUGUUAUGUGGUGGUUGCGGCGGUUGUUAUGUGGUUGCGGCGGUUGUUAUGUGGUUGCGGCGGUUGUUAUGUGGUUGCGGCGGAAGUUAUGUGGUGGUCGCACUGUCGCUUUGACGUGCAACAUCUAGGGGAUGGAUUCUUGCUUACGUCCGUGUUGCUCACGUGGACGGUGCUCGGAUCUCUCCGAGAUUGAGGUCGCUCGUGGUUUCCUCGAGCUCGAUACACUUCGCAGAAUAAACUCAAGCACAGUCUACGGAUCCAUCCCCUCGUGGGAACGAUAUUCUGUGUCACGCUGCGGGUGCAGUCGUGAGCAACCACUGCUGUUUGUUGUCCCUGUUCAGCGUACGGCAUUUGCAACCCAAGUUUCACCCUCACCAGGGUGGG